AUGCACCCAAUCCCUGACCAUCUCCCAAGAGGCGCAGCGGAUUGGUGGUCGCCAAAGCGUUACCAGUACUGGCUUCCAGCUUUUUCUUCUUCCAACUCGCCCCACAACUUCACACGCACCACCUCGCCCACUACCUCCCCAGCUGCCCCCCUACUACUACCUUCAGACAUGCAAGCCAUUCGUCGCACCUACAACGAAAACACCAAGGCGGUGUGGUUGACCCUCUUCCCUGUGGUCGGUGGCGGUUGCUUGUGGGCCGCCUACAUCGGCUUUCGUACCUUUGCCACCCACAACGACGUCGUGCUGAAGGCGAGGGGCAACGAACCCUACCUGAUGCGGGACAGCCCCAAGCUUUUGUCGAGGGACGCCGCCAUCACUCUGGCCGACAAGUGGAGCAACGAGAUGGGUGGCGAUGACCAAUUCCAGAAGCCCAAGUGA